CGGAUGCUACUAUGGUUCUCUCUCUCUUUCCCUCACACACACACACACACAUAGAAGGAAAUGGAGAAUUCUUCAGAGCAGAGUAAAAUGGAGCAGCAACCAUCACAAGGAAGACCAAAGGGUGGGCUGAUAACCAUGCCAUUCAUCAUUGCGAAUGAAGCAUUUGAGAAGGUGGCAAGCUAUGGGUUGUUACCAAACAUGAUAUUGUAUCUGAUGAAUGAGUAUAACAUUGGUGCAGUCAAAGGGACCAACAUACUCUUCUUCUGGUCAGCAGCUACCAAUUUCAUGCCAAUUGUUGGGGCUUUCCUCUCUGAUUCAUAUCUCAGUCGAUUCCUCACCAUUGGCUUUGGUUCCAUCUUCAGUUUCUUGGGAAUGGUAGUCCUGUGGUUAACAGCUAUGAUUCCACAAGCAAAGCCUCCCCCUUGCGAUCUAUUAGCAGGUCAAAGCUGCAAAUCCCCUACACAAGUGCAAUACUUUGUCCUGUUUGCUUCGUUCGCCCUCAUGUCCAUUGGAGCUGGUGGUAUUAGACCAUGUUCCUUAGCCUUUGGAGCAGAUCAGUUGGACAAAAGGGAUAAUCCAAAGAAUGAGAGGGUCUUGGAGAGCUACUUCAGUUGGUACUAUGCUUCAGCAACUUCUUCGGUUCUGGUUGCUUUGACCGGCAUUGUAUACAUUCAAGAUCACAUGGGAUGGAAAGUGGGCUUCGGAGUUCCUGCAAUUCUCAUGUUCUUCUCUGCAUUGUUGUUCUUCCUUGCUUCUCCCAUCUAUGUGAAAAUGAAAGCUAGCAAGAGCUUGCUCACUGGAUUCGCGCAAGUGGCUGUGGUCACUUACAAGAACAGAAGGCUUGCUUUACCACCUCAGGAUUCAAGUGGGUGGUACCAUCAUAGAAAGGAUUCAGAGCUCAAAGUGCCAACCAACAAACUUAGGUUUCUAAAUAAAGCUUGCAUCAUUCGGAAGCCUGAAGAUAUAACCCCAGAUGGAAUAGCUUUAAACCCUUGGAGCAUUUGCUCGGUGGAACAAGUGGAAGCGUUAAAGGCAUUGCUUAAAGUCAUCCCAAUAUGGUCUUCGGGGAUCAUGAUGUCCAUAAACAUAAGCCAAACCUCAUUCCCAUUACUCCAAGCCAAGUCCUUGGACAGACACUUGACGUCAAGCUUCCAAAUCCCCGCAGGAUCUUUCGGAAUGUUCACAAUCAUUGCUCUAACACUUUGGAUUGUUCUCUAUGACCGAGUAAUCCUUCCCGUGGCGUCAAAGAUCAAAGGAAAACCAGUUUACCUCGGUGUGAAACUAAGAAUGGGCAUCGGGCUGUUUUUCUCUUGCCUAGCCAUGGUAGUUUCAGCACUUGUGGAGAAUGUUAGGAGGAGAAAAGCAAUCAAACAAGGGUUUUUGAACAAUGCUGGUGGACUGGUGGAUAUGUCAGCUAUGUGGCUUGUGCCGCAACAUUGCUUGAAUGGCUUAGCGGAAGCUUUCAACGCCAUUGGCCAAACAGAGUUCUAUUACACUGAAUUCCCGAAAAGCAUGUCAAGCAUUGCGUCUUCUCUGUUCUUACUGGGGAUGGCUGUGGCAAACUUGCUAGCCACUGCUAUACUGAGCACUGUGAAUGAUCUCACUAAAAAAGGAGGGAAAGAGAGUUGGGUUUCUGAUAAUAUUAACAGGGGCCAGUAUGAAAACUAUUAUUGGAUUCUUGCCAUAUUGAGUUCCAUUAAUUUGCUGUAUUAUAUUUUUUGUAGUUGGGCAUAUGGACCUUGUGUAGACCAAAGGAUUAAAGUUACGGAUGAAGGGAAAGAAAUGAAGGAGGAAGAAAUAUCCAAACAAGAAAAUGUACUCAGGGAUGAAGGAGAAGGCUUUAAGGUGGAGGAGUUACCUAGAAUUAAGGCAUUGCCAGCUUGAUAUAUGUUAAAACUGGUUCUACUUUUGUAUUAAAUGUAUAAUCACAUGCUUGGUAAUACACAAUUAUAAAUCUAAUUUUUCUCUCUGCUAUAAUGUACCUCUUGAAAUGAUUUUUAUUUUUAUGUAUGUUAAUUCUAUUUUCAAUUCAUAUGUUUUUCCUAUUUCCAAAA